UUCGAAGAUUUGGAGUUAGCAUUUUUUUACAAUCGCGGAAGUGGUAGCAAAACACAAGUGUUUUUAGUUUCUGGCAGUUUGAAUUAAAUACUGUAAUACUAUUCUACAUUGCAAUCAAAAUGGAAGAUGACGCACCCGUAAUAUAUGGUCUUGAAUUCCAGGCACGAUCGCUUACUGCCCAGACAGCUGAGACAGAUGCUAUUCGCUUCCUUGUGGGCACACAGUCUCUGAAGUUUGACAACCAGGUGCACAUCAUUGAUUUUGAUGAUGAGAAUAACAUUAUUAAUAAGAAUGUCCUCCUACACCAAGCUGGAGAGAUAUGGAACAUUGGUGCCAGUCCUGCAGAUAAAGAAAUACUUACCACCUGCUACAACAAAACCAGUGACAGUCGAGUGGUUUCCUGUGCAGCUGUAUGGCGAAUGCCCUCCAACUGGGAAACAGGAACCCAUGAGUGUCCUGAUGAUUCAGCACACAACCCUCAAACCCUGGAACUUCUUUGCCACCUAGAAGACAGUGCCCAUUGCAACGCAGCCUGCGUACUGUGGGAACCAAUGGGGGAUGGCAAGCGUGUGAUUUCAUUGGCUGAUAACUAUGUUCUUCUCUGGGACCUGCAGGAGAGCUGCACACAAGCCACAGUCUCCAGUACAGCAAUGCUCGAGGGUAAAGGACAGCUUAAGUUCACUUCUGGCAAGUGGAGCCCUCACCAUAACUGCAGUCAACUUGCCACUGCAAGUGACACAGCCAUAAGAGGCUGGGACCUUCGCACCAUGAGUCAGAUUUACUGUAUCGAGAACGCUCAUGGCCAGCUGGUACGUGACCUUGACUUCAACCCAAACAGGCAGUAUUAUUUGGCUAGCUGCGGAGACGACUGCAAGGUCAAAUUCUGGGAUGUCCGCAAUGUCCAGGAGCCCAUCAAAACACUGGAGGAGCACUCACAUUGGGUGUGGAGUGUCCGUUACAACCAUAGCCAUGACCAGCUGGUGCUGACGGCCAGCAGUGACAGCCGCCUCAUCCUGUCCAACAUGGUGUCGAUCUCCUCAGAGCCUUUUGGCCAUUUGGUGGAUGAUGAGGAUCUCAGUGAGGGGGAAGAAAACCCUCAGGAUGAUAAGGGCAAGGAGCCUCUGAAGGACAGUGUGGUCUCCACCUAUGAGGAGCAUGAAGACAGUGUAUAUGCAGCUGAGUGGUCAUCAGCCGAUCCGUGGCUCUUCGCGUCACUCAGCUAUGAUGGCCGCCUCGUCAUCAACAGGGUUCCCCGCAACCUCAAAUAUCAGAUCCUAUUAUGAGGGGGACAUAUGCAUUAUGUAUUAGACAGAGCAUCCGAAUACUUGUGUAAAAAAAAAAAAAAAACUACAUAAUGUUGUCACUAAAACUGUAAAUACAGUAGACAUUUUGUGACUUACCACUGUGAAUUAAACAUUCCUUACCAAUUUUUUUUUUUAUGUUAUUUUUUUAAUUUUUUAUUUAUGUGCUGUUUCAGUGCUUACUUUUCAUCACACAGCAAUUUUAUUUACCUCAGAACGCCAUUCUACAUUUAUGAGCCAUCUUGUGCUGUCUCAUAUUUGUCAUUUUGCUGUAACAAUCAUGUAAGGAUAAAUAAAGCCAAGUUGUCAUACUCAACUUAUUUGAGAGCCCCAGAGAGAGAGAGCCUAGGAAAGUCUAGGAUGCAUUAGUAUUCCACUAAAAAUGGUUUCAGGUAUUUAAAAAAAAAAGUUGAAAUAAUUUUCGCAAUAUAAAUAGUUUUCGCAAUUUUAAUAGUCUUUUUAAUAGUUAUUAUUAAUAGUUCAGAAUUGGAACAAGAUUGGGAUUUCCUUGUCCCCUCGCUCACCCAUCUGAUAUUUUGCAUACUUUUCACCAUGUUUAGUUGGGUAAUCAGAAUGAGAAUUAUGUUGUAAAUUUGAGCAUUUCAAUUUUCUCUGUACAAAUAAAACGGUGUGUCCAUGUGAUCAACAAACCAAAAAAAACUCCCACCUUUCCUGGUUGGUCACCAAUCUUUCUCUUCAUGACAGGUUUUCAGGCCCUUUGCAUGAAGUCACCUAGUAUAGGUUUUAGCAUCCCCAACACUGACCAGGAUAAGCUGGCUGUAAAAUGAAUGAAUUGAUGUUGAGAGCAGGGAAAUGGUAUGUAGUCGCCACCUGCAGAACAAUUCCUUUAUAUGGUUAUCUUGCUUAAAUGUUUCCAAAAUUGGCCUGUGAAAUUGAUUAAAAAUCCUUAUUACUUCCUAAAGUUACAGGUUGAAAUCCCAUAAGUGUGAUUGAUUUGGAGUUAUGAAGUAGGCUAUUCAUAUCUUAUGCAAGGUAUGGUAUAUGGGCAGUAAAAUGUUGCUUGUGCUGUUUAUUUUUAGCAACACAAACUGAAAUCACAUUGGUCAAGUUAAAGCAAAACAGACCCUGCGGUGAGUACAAGUUGUGCAAUACUUUUUUUGUUCUUACCUGAUUUUACAGUGUUUGCUUGUUUUGGGGGAAAGGAGGGAAUAAAUGUGCUUUCUUUUGUCGUUGUUAUCCCCACCCUACUCCUAAAAUUAUGUCUUCCCCAAAAGACUUCGCACAAGUUAAAACUUACACCUCUGCAUUCUACUGUAUAUACUCGCUUAUAGGUCGCUCCAGCAGAUAGGUUGUACCCCUAGUUUGUGGUUCAAAAGUACUGUAGGUAUUUUAGGUUGACCCUCGUUUAGGUUGCACCACAAUAUAGGAGAUUUUUGGUGAAAUAGCAAUGACAAUUUUCAAUACCGAUAUGACUGAAACAAAUAAAACAAGGAACAUUUUAUUGUGAUUUAAAGACAAUAUUUUCAUCACAUGGCUAUAUUUUUAUUUAGAUUUUAACUGUCUUAACUCUUCCUCAUCAUUGUGGGUAUUCUUCCUUUGUUAAAGUUCUGAAAGGAGCAGUUGUUUUGCGCUUUCCUAGAUCAUGCUCCUGGCUUGGCGACAUGUUUGUUGUGUGAAAGCCAAGAUGGCUGCACGACAUACACAGUUGCUGAUUCGGUUGUGAUCAUAGUCUUCAUUCAUUCCUUGGGCAAGUUUUGUUCGUAAGUACUGUUUGUCUUAAGUACAAUGCAUACAUUUGUUGGGCCGAAAUACCAAGCUAAUGCUAAGUUAUAUGCUUUUUCAGAUUUACGACGGUCUAAAUUGGUCAAAGGUCAGAGCAAGGACAGCUUAAAGUGACCUGUACGCGAGUAUUUAGGGUAUGUUAUUGUGUGUGAGGGGAUAGUGAUGCAGGUACAGUCCAGACCUUGUGGACGUCAUCACCAAGGCCAUAUACAAUGGGUGUGUUAUUAUUAACCAUUUGGUAGACCUGCAUUGUAAAAUGAGUUCCAACUCAAUAACUGUAAGAAUAUGCCUCCCAGAUACAGUACUGCUCAGUGUUCUGAGGAGUUGUAUUUUGUGGGAUAUACACUGUUUGCAGCUGUGCCCAAUUUGGUGGCUGUUGCAUGUAAAGCAAAUUCAGAUGUCUAAACAAGAGAUUCUGCUCCGAAACAUACAGUGAGGCAAAUAUGUAUUUAGUCAACCACCAAUUGUGCAAGUUCUCCUACUUGAAAAGAUUAGAGAGGCCUGUAAUUGUCAACAUGGGUAAACCUCAACCAUGAGACAGAAUGUGGAAAAAAAACAAAAUCACCCUGUUUGAUUUUUAAAGAAUUUUUCCAAAUUAGAGUGGAAAAUAAGUAUUUGGUCACCUACAAACAAGCAAGAUUUCUGGCUGUCAGAGGUCUAACGAGGCUCCACUCGUUACCUGUAUUAAUGGCACCUGUUUUAACUCAUCAUCGGUAUAAAAGACACGUGUCCACAACCUCAGUCAGUCACACGCCAAACUCCACAAUGGCCAAGACUAAAGAGCUGUCGAAGGACACCAGAGACAAAAUUGUAGACCUGCACCAGGCUGGGAAGACUGAAUCUGCAAUAGGUAAAAUGCUUGGUGUAAAGAAAUCAACUGUGUGAGCAAUUAUUAGAAAAUGGAAGACAUACAAGACCACUGAUAAUCUCCCUCGAUCUGGGGCUCCAUGCAAUAUCUCACCCCGUGGCGUCAAAAUGAUAACAAUAACGGUGAGCAAAAAUCCCAGAACCACACGGGGGGACCUAGUGAAUGACCUACAGAGACCUCCAGAUCUCAACCCCAUAGAAAAUCUGUGGAGGGAGUUCAAAGUCAGUGUUGCCCAACGACAGCCCCAAAACAUCACUGCACUAGAGGAGCCAACAAUGGGUCUAUAACAAAGUAUUGAGAUGAACUUUUGGUAUUGACCAAAUACUUAUUUUCCACCAUGAUUUGCAAAUAAAUUCUUUAAAAAUCAAACAAUGUGAUUUUCUGUUUUUUUUUUCCACAUUAUGUCUCUCAUGGUUGAGGUUUACCCAUGUUGACAAUUACAGGCCUCUCUAAUAUUAUCAAGUAGGAGCACAAUUAGUGGUUGACUAAAUACUUAUUUGCCCCACUGUGAUGAAAAAUGAGGAGAGGGUUGAACGUGUAUGCAAAGUAGAGUGGUACAGAGUUGAUCACUUAUUUAACUGGAAACUGGCAAAGUAUGAAACAAAUGGAUCACCAGUUUCUGUAAAUCUGAUGUAAGUCACUCUUGCUGUGUGUUUGCAUGUUGCUGCCGCAAUGGGUUAAAAGCUGUGGUCAUAUUUUGUUUGUCAUUUUACAACUGCAAUGAAAAAAUAGCAAUGAAAUCAGCCGCUGUGGAUUUAAUGACUGCGCAGCAGACUGAGCGAUAUGUGGACAUUACUGGCAAGGGCGUAGGUUUGCAUAGGGUAGGGACAUAACACUACAAAAUUUUCAGGAUGCUCAAAUUAUCCCCACCAACUUUUUCGCGACCUUAUAUGCAUUAUAUAAUGACUUCAAUUAUGUACUGUAGGUAAUUUAGUAUGUUGUAAGUAUAGAAAUAACGCUACCUUUAUUAAGGGAAUUAUUAUCAAUAUGUUCAGACUUUCAUUUUCCCCUUUUGACUUGCUGAAUGUGGCGGUCCAUUUUUUCCCCCCUCAAAUGCACAUUUGGUUGGCUGAUGACUUGACCCCUCAACCCUCCUGCACACACACCCACACAGCCCCGACAGAAUUACAUGUCGACGACAUGCAGCCUCCUCCCCCUCCGAAGAGGAGGGAUAUUGCAAGUGUAUUUUCGGCCAGCAGCAGCAGCCACUGUAAGUAAUGUAAAAAGACAUCAUUGUUGUGGAGGUGGGAAACACACCACUAAUUUUGCUACUGAAAAUCCGACCUGCAUCAUAGUUAGCGUAACAUUAAAAUGUGUCCAUUUGCUAACCUGCAAAACUCGAGUAAUCAGCCUCUUAGAGAGGUGUCCUCCUGUAUGUUUUUUCCUAUUAACAUUAAUUAAAAUUGAAAUGUAGUGAACUGAGGUUUACCCCCUUCUCCCUAAUUUUCACUUUUAUUUUAUUUAUGUGGUCUUAAAGCAGCCCAAAGGAGCUUUCAUUUUUAUGUUGAGUUUGGCUGUGCUUGUGGACAAAAGCAUAAGUGUUUUACCUGAAGGAAGGCUCCAUUUUUAAUUAUUUUUGUUAUUCCCAGACUAAAAAAAAUUUCAGUUACAGUGUUUCACAAAAGGAAGUACACCCCUCGCAUUUCUGCAGAUAUUUAAGUAUAUCUUUUCAUGGGACAACAGUGACAAAAUGACACUUUGACACAAUGAAAAGUAGUCUGUGUACAGCUUAUAUAAUUUAUUUUCCCCUCCGAUACACAAGAAAGCCUGCCCGUCUCAUCAGACAAUAGGACAUGGUUCCAGUAAUCCAUGUGCUUUGUUGACAUGUCUUCAGCAAACUGUUUGCGGUCUUUCUUGUGUACCAUCUUCAGAAGAGGCUUCCUCCUGGGGUGACAGCCAUGCACACCAAUUUGAUGUAGAAUGCGGCAUAUAGUCUGAGCACUGACAGGCUGACCCCCCCCACCUCUUCAGUCUCUGCAGCAAUGCUGACAGCACUCCUGUAACGAGUCACAUGACAUUUUGGAGAGAAAAUGACAAGCAGUACUCAAUUUGGACGUUUAGGGAUGUACGUAGUUUCUAAGGGGUGUACUCACUUUUGUUGCCAGGGGUUUAGUUAUUAAUGGCUAUAUUUUGAGGGGGAAAUAAAUUAACUCUAUUCUAAAAGCUGCACACAGACUAAUUUUCAUUGUGUCAAAGUGUCAUUUUCUCAGUGUUGUUACAUGAAAAGAUAUACUUAAAUAUCUGCAGAAAUGCGAGGGGUGUGCUCACUUUUGUGAUGCACUGUAUUUAUUUGGACAGAAAAUGUUGAGUGGUCUUAAGACAAAUGUUUAUUUUUUGCAUUCCAGGAUAGUUAAGAGAUUAUUAACAAGUUUAAAUUUUUGUGUAUACUGUUAAUAUAAGUUAUGUUCAAAUACUGCAAUUUGCUAAUAAAAGCCGGACAUUUAUUCUGGAAGUUUUCAAAAUGUUUUUGUCGUUUUUGAAAACAAUUGUUUUAAUCUAAGGGUGUAUCACCUGACCUAAUACACAUGAAAGUUAGUAUAAGUCAAUACAGAUUUAUUUUUGCAUUGAUCAUUUAGCCAAUCAAUUAAUUACCGUAGUUAUAUAUUAUGUAGCCCUGCCCCCCAUUCACCCAAU